AUGGGUUUCCCGCGUAUUGCAGGCUUUCAGCUCUUCAAGCGCCUCUUUGCCCCACUAUCCCUUGAGCUUCCCUUCCCCCCCUGGCGCUGCGGUCAGUGGGCUUUGGUGGCUUUUUCUUUCGUCCUGGAGCGGCUCAAAGGAUUUCGGCUUUGCUUGCGCCAAGAUGUGAUUCGCUCUGCCCGUGCCGCGGAUCUCGAUGGGGGGCCAAUCAAGGUCAACAAUCUGGAAGCCCAGCCAAAUUGCAGUAAAACUGCCCUCUUUGAAUCAAAAGAUACAUCUGCAGAUACCUUCGUCACUGGAACCCUUGAGUCUGCCGUCCACAACCCAGACACCCAGGGGCCAUUGUUGCAUCUGGAUGCCACCUUGUUCUCGGCGCAACUCAAUCUUUCCUUCUUCCCUCCUUUGUUCAUCCGCCUCAACCUUAAUCCGCACAACUCCCUUCGCCACCCCCAUUUGUUCCGUUGGCCAAACGUAUUCGGACAUCAACCACAGUCAAGCAUACAGCUACUAGUUGGAUGUUUCCUUUCCUCUCCGCUUCUUUCCCCCUGGAUCAAUAGUCUGUUUCGGUUUCCGCGUGUAGGGAAGGCACUCGAUCACGUACACUCCAUUGCUUUUUCCACAUCGGCCGCUGCAACAUGCGAUAGCCCCAGUGCCGAACCCCCGAACGCUCGAACGAAAUCCAGGUCGAAAGUGUUCCCUCGACACCCCGAUUCAAAGACCACCAUGCCACCAUACGCUAAUGUCCAAUCCCACCGCGACUCCCUCGAGCUCGCCUCUCUCGCCUCGUCCUCCCGCGCCGACUCUGUCGUCUCAGACCUCCCCUCCUCGCGUCCCUCCAUAUCCUCCUCCCGCAAGCUCUCCUUUGACGCCGAAGACCCCCUAGACGCCGCGAACCCGGCCGCCUCCUCAGGGAGACCGAACCGCCAUGACCGCUCCUACUCCGUCUCCUCGGGCUUCGACUUCGCCGCAAACCUCUUCCCCUUGAGCUCCACAGCCGGCGCAGGCGGCGCAGGCGGCUACGCACCCAUUGGCGCGCCCACCUCGACCGCGAUACAAAACGGCGGACUCGGCGGCGGCAGCUUGGAGAAGCACAAGACGCUCACGUACCUCAACGGCCUGAGUCUCAUCGUGGGCCUCAUCAUAGGGAGCGGCAUCUUUUCGAGCCCGAGCCAGGUGAGCUCAAAGGUCGGCUCGCCCGGCGCCGCGCUCGUCGUCUGGGUCAUUGCCGGCGUGCUGGGCUGGACGGGCGCGGCUAGCUACGCGGAGCUCGGCGGCGCGAUACCCUUGAAUGGCGGCGCGCAGGUCUACCUCGCCAAGAUCAUGGGCGAGAUGGCCGGCUUCCUCUUCACCUGGGUGGCCGUGCUGGUGCUGAAGCCGGGCAGCGCCGCCAUCAUCGCCAUCAUCAUGGGCGAGUACCUCGUGCGCGCCGCCAUUGGCGCCGAGGCCGAGAGCCUCAGCCCCUGGGUCAACAAGGCCGUCGCCAUGGUCGCCCUCGUCUCCGUCACCCUGCUCAACUGCGUCUCCACCAAGCUCGGCACAAAAGUCAACGACUGGCUCAUGUUUCUCAAGUUUAUUGCGUUGCUGGGCGUUACUGUGACUGGCAUCGUCGUCGCCAUCACCGGCAAGACAGUCACCGGCAAGGCCAACAUGGAGUGGAAGUCGCACGAGUGGUUCGAGGGCACCUCCACCGACCUCUCCGCCUGGGCCGUCGCCCUGUACGCGGGACUCUGGGCCUACGACGGCUGGGACAAUACAAACUACGUCGUCGGCGAGUUCCGCAACCCGAGCCGCGACCUCCCGCGCGUCAUCCACACGGCCAUGCCCCUCGUCAUCCUCUCCUACGUCCUCGCCAACAUUGCCUACUUUCUCGUCCUCCCCCUCGCGGCCGUCAACGCCUCCAACACGAUCGCCGUCCAGUUCGGCGCAAAAGUCUUUGGCCCCGUCGGCUCCCUCGUCCUCGCCCUCGUUGUCUCGGCAUCCUGCUUCGGCGCCCUCAACUCGUCGACCUUUACCUCGUCGCGGCUGGUGUACGUUGCCGGCAAAGAGGGCUACAUCCCGUCCGUCUUUGGCAGCAUCGGCCUGUCGCGCAACGGCAACGGCGGCGGCGGCCACUCCGUCACCACAUCCCGCACCUCCCGCGGCCGUCUCGCAAAUCUCCUGAUCCGCGCCCUCGGCGACGACGACAUGGGCCUCUUUUACACCCCCGUCUGGGCCCUCGUGCUCAACGGCCUGCUGACGGCGGCGUACAUCGUCGUGGGCGAAUUCGGCACCCUGCUGACGUUUUACGGCGUCGCGGGGUACACAUUCUACUUUAUCACGGUGCUGGGCCUCAUUAUCCUGCGCGUGCGCGAGCCGCAGCUCGACAGGCCGUACCGGACGUGGAUCACGACGCCCAUUAUCUUUUGUUGCGUUUCGCUGUUUCUGCUGAGCCGCGCCGUGUUCGCGCAGCCGCUGCAGACGGUGACGGUGGUGCUGUUUGUGGUGGCGGGCGUGCCGGUGUACUUUUGGCGGAUCCGCGGGCGGGAUCAGCAGGUUGUCAAGAGGGAGGCGAGGCAUCGUGGGUACGAAGAGGGGGAGGAGAGGGCGUGGUGGCAGUUUUGGAAGAGGUCAUGA